CUUUCGUCCGCCGUAGACCACGCAAAAGUGAGCCUGGCCGCUGCACCUCCCGGCUGUCGGCUCGUACAGUUCAAACGAACGAGUCUAGUCUUGCCAGGAACAACGCACCCUCACCAGUCAUCCUCAACCAUAACUCUCGGCCACGAACGAACAUCGAAGUCACGGAAGGUCACAACUGAGAUAUAGACUAUCCCCUUUUCUUGCCCGCUCACCUACCUGGCGGAUUGUCACCCAGCGAUUGUGUUGGAAGCUUGACAACGUAAUAACGACAACUGGAUUGCCUGUCCCCCGUCUCGACACCUACACACCUUGAAUCAUGGGCUGGCUAUGGUCAUCAGGAGCGUCCCCGGCGACUCCGUCACCCGCGGGCGCCGCGGCAAACACGUUGAAAGCCAAUGCGCCAGCCGCACCAACAUCCGCGCCCGCCGCAACCUCCCAGAACGACAGCGCCGACCUCGAGAUCGCAAGGUUCCUGUCCCAGAUCCAAGCCGACUUCGGCAGCAACAGCGACAGAAGCUCUGCCCAGCGGCCAUCCACAACGACGACAACAGGCGAUACCAGCAGUAGUACAUCACCACCAGCAUCUGCAGCCCCUUCCUCCAAGUCGUCCUCGUCAUGGAACUUCUGGGGCGGCAGCGCAGCCAAGACUUCAUCACAACCCGAGCCCCAACUCUCCUCCUCCUCCUCCAUGGCGGCGCCACAAUCCACGCAGCCCUCAACAACACGACAACAAUCCCAAGCCCAGCAGCAGCAGCAGCAGCCCGACUGCCUAGACCCGGUCUCCGAGUCCCUUCUCCCAACAACAAUGUCCUGCCGGCAGGCCUUCGACACGGCGUUCCACUGCAACUCGCUCGGCGGGCAGUGGACAUCCGUCUACCGCGCGGGCACAGUCCGCUCCUGCAGCGAGCACUGGGACAACUUCUGGUUCUGCAUGCGCACCCGCGCGUACUCGGGCGAGAUGAAGGAGGAGGCCAUCCGCGACUACUACCGCCAGCGCGAGCUCGCCAAGUACCACGGCCCCGGCAAGCCCAACAGCACGGACGUGUGGGAGGCCCGGACGGAAAAGGUCGAGCCGGGCACGGCGUUCCAGAAGAGAUAUGUCCAGCCGGACAUCAGUGAUGAGGAGUGGUGGCAGAUGGAGAUUGAGCAUAGGCGCAAGGUCCAGGAGGAGCUGCAGAGGAAAGAUGCCGCCUCUGCGAGUCAUGGUGCCGUCACUGCGCCAUGAUGAUGCCUAAAACAAGCUAGAUGCGUGCUGGCCGGCUAUCUCUGGGGUCUUCCUUGAAGUUCAGGCUGGCAACGCGGUUUUUCACUUUGCAGUGUACGUAUAGUGUAAGAGGAUGUGACUGACCCAAUUCAACGAGACAUGCCCUAAUCACAUUUUGUAAACGUUGAACAUUCUUUCUUCUGUUAAUCGUGACGACGGAGACCCACUCCAAAGAGAGGCCCGGACGACAUUUCAGAACCCCAGACACGCAAUUAUUCCGGAGGUCAUAUAACCAGAAGGUCAAAGGGUCAGAAGGUCACAGGACUAGAGGGGUCGGAGGCUCGGAGGCUCAGAGGCUCAGACGGGCAGUGAAGUCGAGUGUUGUAAGAACUUAACAAACCAGUUUUCAGCUUUCAGAUAGGGGACAAGUAAAGGCCGCAUAUGGAAUGACGAUUGGAAUCGAGGACUAAUCAAAUUGUCAC